CCUAAACUUACUAAAAUGCACACUAACGACACUUAAGGAAAACAGGAAACACAGAAUUCUAAAGAGUGUUACAACAGGUUGAACUGCAAUUUCUUUGAGAAAAUGGUGAUCAUCGAAGUUUCGAAAAUGGAAGUUUUAUACGAUAUUCCGUGUAGAAGGAAAGAACAGAUUAUUGGUGUUGGAAAAUCAGAUCAAUUUCCGGCAAGGCUUGUAGACGAUAUUGAAAAUGAACAAAGCUCAGAAACGCCAAAUGAGGAGACUAUCAAAAAAGGAACGGAAGCAGAUGACGGUUUCCGCAAACGAAAACAUGUUAGAAGUGAGCAUUCGUCCAAUUAUCCAAUUCAGUCGAGGCAUGGAGACAGGUGGCAUGCCUUAAUUGUGAUCCUUUUGAUUCACUCUACACUGUCACCAGCUUCAGGUCAAGUCAUCGACAGAAAAACUGGGAUUGUAAAUAAUGUUACUGGCUGUCUCGUGGAAGUUGACGUGAAAAGCGAAGUUAACCUUAGAUGGACAACACUAGAAACCAAUCCGCUCAUGGAUGCUAUUAUCGAUGGCAAACUAAUUGCCAACUAUGAUUUACGUCACCGUGAUUACCAUCUUUACAACAACAAUGAUUCUAACUUGUAUGCGCCAUUUAUGUUUGAAAAUAAAACUUGUCAACUUACAAUAAAGAAAGUAGAGAGGCAUGUCCGUAAAGUUAUGUUUAUUGGUUCUGACAUUGAUAGUUUCGAGGUCAGUGGCAAACGAGCAGCAAUCUGCAGGGAUUUCAGUUCAGGAUGGAUAUACCUUAAAGCAACUGUAAACACCACCAACAUGAACAGCAGUGAAACAAGUCCCCAUAAAGCAAACUUGGAAAUUAUGAUAUUCGUAAUAGUAGGAUCGAUUCUUUUUGUGUCGCCUUUUGUUGCUGCUGCCAUACAACGUGGUUUAAACAGAAAAAGGACAGCUGGUGUCAAUGGCGAUGACAAUCAUCCCAGAGAGAAUGAUAGAUGUCUACCAGACGGACCAAUUGAUGCUGCUCCAGCUGGUGUCAAUGGCGAUGACAAUCCUCCCAGAGAGAAUGAUAGAUGUCUACCAGACGGAACAAUUGAUGCUGCUCCAGCUGGUAUCAAUGGCGAUGACAAUCAUCCCAGAGAGAAUGAUAGAUGUCUACCAGACGGACCAAUUGAUGCUGCUCCAGCUGGUGUCAAUGGCGAUGACAAUCCUCCCAGAGAGAAUGAUAGAUGUCUACCAGACGGACCAAUUGAUGCUGCUCCAGCUGGUGUCAAUGGCGAUGACAAUCCUCCCAGAGAGAAUGAUAUAUGUCUACCAGACGGACCAAUUGAUGAAACAAGACAAAGAAAAGUUGCCUGUCUAGUACAAAUAUUUGAGAAGAAUGAUACUGAAUCAUGUCCAGAAAAUGAAUGCAGCGGUUAACAAUGCCAGCUAUGCCAACCAUACAUCUGGUCGAAAUGGAUAGUUGUGGCUCCGUAAUUUCUAAACAUUCCAACUGUUACAAGCAUAUUUCAUAAAGAAAAAACUAGUUGUUGUUUGAGAACAUAUUCAAAACAUUUUGUUUCUCAACAGGUGAACUGUAAUUCUUUUUGCUGUAAUGUACUUUCUACAACCUCCGAUAAGUAGAUCCAAUAAAUUAUCGAUACAAGAGAUUCUUAUCUUGCCCACGGGCAAAGAUAAAACAAGUACUCGUAUGGAACUUUUUUAAAAGAUUAUCACAUUGAAAUUGCCUCCCUGGUUAAAGACUGUCGUCUGUUGAAUCAUAUAAACCUAACAAAAAAAAUGCUUCACUAGAACUAUAAAAAAAACUGAAGUGACUUUUUACAUAAUCUGAGUCACUGUGCGCAUAUCCAUGACAGCCACAAAUUAUCACAUAUUCAUACGCAUCUAUUUUCGAUACGCACAAAAGAGUCCAGCAACAAAUACAUUUUACUUAUUUUCUAUGUUUAAAUGAAGUGGGAGAAAAAAAAAUUACCAACCCUCGCGCAGGGAUUUUUGCGAAAACUCGGUAAACCUCGUUUCCGCAAAACACCCUACGCUCGGGUCGGGAUGAACCUAUCUUACACUCUCGGCCAUGGAAGAUACUUUUAGUCUAUUCUAGAAGAUGUAACAUUUUUUUAUGAAUGUUAACCCGUCAUUAUUUGUUUUACAUGUAAGGACAUGUUUGACAUUAUUUUAAAACUUAUACUAUAUAUCCGUGCAUAUGCAUGCCAUGCUUGUAUGUUGUUAUAUGUUUAUUUAAUAUAUAACUUAACAUUGGUAAGAAUAAUAAAAUAGUUUUAAAAAAUGCAGCUAAAUGACUACAUGGAAUGUGAGCAGGCUAAAAACGCCACUUCACGCAUCUCAG